AUGCUGGUGAUGCGCUCAGAUGGCAUGAAGGCAACCAAUUCUCCACAUUCGAUACCGAUCACUCUACACAAGACUGUGCCGUGCAACGAAUGGGAGCCUAUUGGUAUGGCACGAGUGAUGGCUGCACUGAGAGAAGGCUUGUACACCAUCCAAGCACCAGGCGUAAAGCCUUUCAAGGCCUUAUGUGACUCAACUCUCGCUGGCAAUGGUUGGUUGGUCAUCGCUCGUCGUUUUGAUGGCAGUGUAAACUUUUAUCGCAACUGGACUAUGUACAAGGAAGGCUUUGGUGAUCUAUCCAGCGAGUUUUUCAUUGGUUUGGACAAUCUGCACGCUAUAACCGCCAGUCAGGCACAUGAGCUAUAUGUUUAUCUGGAGGAUUUCGAUGGAAAUAAGAGAUAUGCGAGCUACGAUGGAUUUGCCAUAAGCAGUGAGAACGAGUCAUAUAAGCUACAAAUAUUGGGAGCUUAUUCAGGCGAUGCUGGCGAUGGGCUCAGGUAUCAUGUCGAUGCUAAAUUUUCAACCUUCGAUAAAUUUAAUUGUGGCGACUGUGCAUAUGCUGUGGACUCUAGAGGCGGUUGGUGGUAUAAUAAAGGUUGGAAGAGUAAUCUAUUUGCCUUGUAUAUGAGCGGAGAGUUUAAAACUUCUAAUGGUUUUUGUGGCAUGGCGUGGUCCUUUUGGCGUGGUUUCUAUUAUUCCUAUAAAAAAAUUCAGAUGAUGGUGCGACCCAAAUGCCAUUGCGUUCAGACUCAACUUAAAGCCAACUGA